GGCUGAUGAUCUGUGCUCCAGUCCUUCAAACUCCACCGAUCACAGGGGAUUAUGAACUCUUUGGGGCAGCAGUCCGCAAAUCCACAGUCGGCCCCCCUCCAGCCUCCCAAUGCACAGGAUUUACUGGAUAUGGCGGUGUACUGUGACAACCUAAUGUACCCGCAAAACCUGCACCACCAUCACCACCACCCACAGAGGCCAUCAGCUCAUCCAGCAGGCUAUGGGCUGAGCGACUAUAGCCCCCCAGCAGCGAACCCCUACCUCUGGAUCAAUGGACCUGCCAUCAACUCGUCUCCUUAUCUCUCUGGGACUAAUGGGGCUUCUUUCAUCCCCGCAGGUUAUGGGACCAGCCAGAGACAGUUCCUGGCCCCUGCAUCGGGCUUUGCAGGAGCAGAUCUCAGCUGGUUGUCUCUUUCCAGCCAGCAGGAGUUUUUUAAAAUGGUGAGGCCCCCCUACUCCUACUCGGCUCUGAUCGCUAUGGCCAUCCAAAACGCUCCGGAGAAGAAGUUGACCUUGAGUCAGAUUUACCAGUACGUGGCCGAAAACUUCCCUUUUUACAAGAAGAGCAAAGCUGGCUGGCAGAACUCCAUCCGGCACAACCUGUCCCUGAACGACUGCUUUAAGAAAGUCCCCAGGGAUGAAGACGAUCCAGGGAAAGGCAAUUACUGGACGCUAGACCCGAACUGCGAGAAAAUGUUCGACAACGGCAAUUUUCGAAGGAAGAGGAAAAGGCGCUCGGACGCGCACGGGUCCGGCGCCCCAGGAGUGCCUGGCAAAGCGGAAGACAAGAGCGGCGGUGCCUUGAAGUCUCCAGACUCCUCCAGCCCGAUGGGCCUGGGCUCCCCUGCACCGCAGAACUCCCCCGGCUCCGGGAGCGGCCCCAGAUCCUCCCCCACGCCAGCGCUCGAACGGAGCCCGUGUUUCUCCAGCUUUGCCUCCAACAUGCAGGCCAUUGUCAAUGGGAACCACGGCCUCGGCAGGCAGCUCUCGGGAGAGUUUGCACACGGAAGGCAAGAUGUGCCUGCUCUGAGUUCCUGCUCCGCUCCCAGCAGCGGCACUGCCCAGAACUCCCAGCUGAGUCCCCCGGCCCACUCCAGAAUGAACUACUGUGCCAGCGGGCAGCAAAGUGGGCUCAGCAUCUCUCUCAUUAACAACUUCAGCGUCAAUCAGCUGAUCUAUAGCAGGGACGGGACAGAAGUUUGAAUUGACUGUGAAAUAACUUCGGUGCAAAUCACAGAAGCCAUGUUCUGUGCCUAGAAGUUUGUAUAUACCAUGGUACUCAGAACAGUUUCCUGUUAAUUAUUGUGCCUUAGAACACACACACGUAUAUUAAACGUCUAUAGACUGAGGUGUCCUCACACCCAGAAUCGUAUUCAGUAGUUUGUUUACAGUAUUGAUACUAUGCAUACAGAUCUAGACGACUGACCUUAA